CCUGGGCCUCGUAAUCUCGUGGUGUCGGAGCYCAGCCCUUACUAAACCCUUGUCGCUUCAAAACCAGGUCUCGCCUCCCGCUUCUUUACUGGCUUUGCUUUCAGCUGCCCUAGUUUCCACUGCUCGCCAAGAUGAAGCUUGUUAGGUUUUUGAUGAAGUUGAACAACGAGACAGUGUCAAUCGAACUCAAGAACGGGACUGUUGUUCAUGGCACCAUUACAGGAGUGGAUAUUAGCAUGAAUACACAUUUGAAGACGGUGAAAUUGACAUUGAAGGGGAAAAACCCGGUUACUCUUGAUCAUCUUAGUGUUAGGGGUAACAACAUCCGGUAUUAUAUCCUUCCUGAUAGCUUGAACCUUGAGACGUUGUUGGUGGAAGAGACACCUAGGGUCAAGCCCAAGAAACCUACUGCUGGGAGGCCUGUGGGACGUGGUCGUGGCCGGGGCCGUGGGCGUGGACGUGGUCGUGGCCGCUAGUCCUGUUGCACUCUUUCGAAUUUUUGCAGCAUCUGCUUAUGUACAAAUAGUGUGCUGGCGGAGGGAGAAUUUAUGGAGAUGUGUGUCUGGGACUCUGGAGCAUAUAAAAAUGUGGGAUUGAUAUUGCAACUUUCUGUUUUAUUCCAAUUACUCAGAAUGUAGCUCUUAUACUUUGGUACUUGAGACUCUCUGCGACACCAUUAGAAUGAGAUCUACUUUUACAUUGUUAACUCGACAUAUCUUUUCAUGGUUAGUUAUCUAAAAAGAAUGAGAUCUUGGAUUUUAUUGAU